AUGCUUUACAAGCUGGCCGGUUGCGAACGGCCGACCGAAUUUGCAGGUUUCCGGGACAAGGGCAAGGAGGUCAUCAGGACAAUGUCGAGAUCUUCCGGCUGCGAAGACAAAGCCUUAUGCUUGCCACUCGCAUUCUACCAGAGCUGGAAUGCUUCCUGGUUCGAUCCUUCAGCAUAUUUCGACAGCUACACCACGAUACCGACCUCGUUGCUCACUCCUUGCAACGAAACACAGUUCGGUAAUGUGAACUUCAUGGCAGACUACGUGAGGGUUACUGGAGAUCAUGAAGGCUUAAAUCCAGAUGGUACGGCCGUCUGCCCGGAUGGCUUCUGGUUCUUGGCCUCGAGCUGUAGGGCAAACCCAUCUCGAUGCGUUCCCUCAAUUGCGUCGACUACACCACGAGGCCGAGAUAUCCAGCAGAUGCUUCAAAAAAGCGCAGCUUUUGACAUGCCCCUUGCCAUUUCAAGGCCGACGGGCCAAAGUGCUCGAUUUGCAAUUCCACCUGCCUACAAGGUGGCUUUUUGGAACCUAGCACCUGGUUUCAAUUUCCUGCCCAUGCGGAUGGUUGCUGUCCAGUUUCCACCGCAAGAUGCUGUGGCAUGGGCACAAGGAGACCUCCGAACUAUGUUUUCAGGAGCACUCAGCCAAAAAUUGGUAUCUCGGGAUUUGAGCGUCCUUGCACCGCCAGUGGUGGAGAUGCUCACCAAAAUGGAAGUGUCAAAUGCCGUAGUCGACCAGCUUCUCUUCGACUAUGUUGAAUCUGGCCAGUCUAUGUGCGAGUGGCUGCUCAACCACCGUGCUGUAUGGUCAUCGUGGAUCCCCGAUGAGACUCAGUGCAGCCCCGGAUUCGGUCUCCACAAUGUUUCUGGAGGCCAGUAUGCAACCAGCCGAGAAGAUGCGGAUCUUAUCACCUGCAAAGCAUGCUCGUCUGGGCGCUACUCGGAACA